CGCUUUCGCACAAGAGAUCAACGUUCUCACAAUUCUGAAAAUCACCUAGAAGUAAAGUAGUGACCAUUGCAUAUUUUCCACUUCUUAAGAGGCUACUUCCCCAUAUUUAUCAUUUAGCGUCGUCAGACAUACUGAAGCUGACGGCCAUCAAACUAGAGUACAGUUGUCCUACGUGCAUGUCACCGGUCGCACCGUCGGCUAUAUACCGGUGGUCCCACAGGUGCGACACAAAUGAUGUCACUGUUGGGAUUGCCUCCCACACCGCUUUUCCAGACCUCGAUUACAUGCUGUGCAUUCAGGUGCCGGGGAUGUUGAUGACUCCCACCAAUGGCUACGCGGCCAAGUACAACGCAAGAUCUUGCAAUACAUUAGGCGUUAUUAAUAGCACGGUGAUUGACAGUUUGUGGGGCAACGAGCAGUAUUACAAUCCGGCCACCUCUCUCGCCUAUCCCUGUCGCAUUAUCAUGUCCAAUCAAAAGGUUGACUUGACUAGGUGCCUAAACGCCACAGAAACUUACCGGUACGUUAGCGACGUCAGAAGGCCCUUGAAGAUGCUCCUCUGUCCUCCUCACAUGGUGGCACAGGCACUCUACGCCACUGCCACCGUCAGGGCUUUCGUCACCUGUUGCCUCAUAUACUAAGGGCUCUCACGUUGACCAGGCAGAUGCUUAGAAUAUACCUAAUCUCAUUGUUGUUGUCACAGUAUACAAGUACAGGACAUUGUGUUCAAUAAUAUUCACAGAAAUUAACAGAUUAAGGAAAUGUUUCCUAAGUGUCACAUUUUCUUUUUUAGAAAUGUGUCUGCAUUUUUAUGCACGUAAAUGUAAUAGGUCUAGAUCAGAUGUAUUUAAAUUAGCGAUGUCAACACUCCAAUAGAAAAAAAAUAGGUUCAGCUCGUUCUGCAGGAUAUUUGGUGCUAAAGAACUCAGGGACGUCAUUCGGGGGGAACUGCCCCUUCAAGACUCAAGUUGCCCCCCUCUCACAAGCCCCAAGAAGUAACAGCAUGUUUUCUUUUUAAA